ACCCACGGGACAGCUGCUCCAGUUCUGCUGCGCUGAGGCUGAGCUCGACUCGAUCUUACGAAGACAGGGAGGGAGAAAUUCAGAUGGAAAAGCUCACUGUAAAAGCAAGCUUCAAUGGCGGCCUCUACCAAACCUCGACCACCUUCCACACCUCUCGCUGCACAUUCGCCGGCCGUGGCGGCAACGACACCGAGCUCAACAUCUUCGACGCGGAGCGCUACUUCAGCGAAGGCAGCGCCGGCGCCGCCAAGGGCACCCUCGCCGACGAUGAGGUGCUCGAAAGGUGCGAUCUUUCCUCCGAUACCCGGGCGUCCUCCGUCUCCUCCCUCGACGGGUUGCGGAGGAUUCGGAGCUCGGAGACUCCGACCGCGUCCUCGGAGGCUAGUUGGAAUAGCAAGUCCGGCUUGCUGGUCCCCAGGCCGGGGCCUUUCCUAGCCGGAAGGAGCCCCCGGUCGUCUGGUGUCCGCAGGUUCUUCCGCCGGAGCUGCCCUUGCUCCGGGAAGAAGUCCGUCGACGUGGAGGCGCGCCGCCCGAUGGAGUUGAACGCUCCGCUUAGUGCGAAAAGGCUGAGUUUUCGAACAGGGGAGGUGGGGCUCAGUAGCAUCCCGGAGUUGGCUCCCGGCGAAUUGGACGCCGGGGAAGUGACGAAGAUAUCUCCAGGAAAUUGGGGUAAAGAUCGGAGCUUUUUCAAUGUCGCAACUCGUUUCUCGCCGGAAAAGACCUUUCCGGCGGAAUUCGGCCACCGGAUAGUGAGCUCCGGUAAACUCUUCACCGAGACUGCUGGUUUCUCCUUCCCCGUAUUGAGUCCUCCACGCGAGUCUCUCGAGGUCUUCCGUCCAUCCGAGGAGGCCGCGAGGACUAUGAUGAAACCGCCGGAGGUGGCGCUUCCUCAUCUCUGCGAGAGGGACCGCUCGAGGUUCUUAUACCCGGCGAGCCCCAAGGCGCGGCCGGAGGAGGACGCGGCGAGCGACACAAGCUCCGACCUUUUCGAGAUCGAGACCACCCUGUCGACGGCCCCGACGACAAACCGCCGCCGCGACUCCCUUGACGAGCUCGAGGGACGGCGCUUCGUCGGGAGCAGCGCCGCUGCGGAAAUCCUGCAGCAUCGGAGGAGCCUCGAGGCGGUGACCGCGCAGUCCGUCGCCCCGAGCGAGGGCUACGCACCAAGCGAGGCCAGUGUCGUUUGGAGCGUCGCUACCGCAGAAGGCUUCGCCACGAACUUCUCAAGCGCCGCCUCCAAUUACGACGAGUUCCGGUUUAUAGAGGAGGAGCACGACCGGUUCGCGACGGCGAUGGCCGGAGAGCGGCGGAAGGCCAACGGACUCUUGAGUUGCCGGUGCGAGAAAGCCGUCAGCGUCGGGCCCAACCCGGUUCGCGUCGUUCCGCCGGUCGAACCGGACGUCAUGGCGACGAAUAUAGCCAAGUUGAGAAGUGUUGGUUUGGCCCAAGAACGGUUAGGCCGGCCGUUUCAGAAAACUUAGACCGGUUUUUUGGGACAAUAAUAACUAUUAUUAUUAUUAUUAUUAUUAUUAUUAUUAUUAUUAUUAUUAUUAUGUACUUCAUCCUGUUUUUUCCUAAUAAAAUUUAUGCCAUUUUCCAAUAAAA